CUGGUGUCCCAGGGGUGUCGCGGUGUCCCCAAGGUGUCCCGGGCCAGCCCCGUGUCUGGGGACAGCCGUGCAUGGAGGGGCCGCUGCCCUGGGGCCCUACAGCAGCUCAGCAGGGAUGUCCGAGCCCCCGCCCGGCAAGGAGGCUGCCCCGGCCGAGUGCCCGGUGUGCUACGAGCGGUUCCAGCCCCCGGAGGCCUCGCACCGGCGGCUCAGCUGCGGCCACACCUUCUGCCACGACUGCCUGGUGAAGUGCCUGCUGUCGGCCAAGCUGGACGGCCACGUCCAGAGCAGCAUCGUGUGCCCCGUGUGCCGCUUCGUCACCUUCCUCAGCAGGAAGAAGGCUCUGUGGCCGCCCAGCGCCGCCGACCCCCGCGCUCUGGAGGUGCCCCUGUCGCCGUCCUCCCUGUCGCAGCUGCUGGGCAGCCAGGCCAGCAACGCGCUGGUGGUGCCCAGCCACUUCGUGCUGCCCGUGCAGAGCCUGCAGCCGGGGGGGCUGUCGCCCGGAGCGGGGCUGGCGCGGCAGGCUCACGUCUUUGUCAUCAGCGAGCACGGCAUGCCGCUGCUGGCCGCGCAGGACUGCGGCUCGCCGGCCCGGGGCGGCGGGCAGGACGCGGCCAGCUCGGGCUCGGUGGCGUCCGGCCCGGCGCUGGGGCUGCAGUGCUGCCAGUCCCCCAUGGCCCUGGCCGUCAUGCUCGUCCUGACCGUGGCCAUGCUGGCCGCCGUGCUGCCGUGGCUGCUGCUGGUCAGGAGGGACUCGUAG